AUGCACGGUGAAGUGAAGACGCAAGACGUGCCUGCGAACGAUCCCUUUGGCUUCCUCAAUCCAUUCGAUCCCACAGCCUCAGAUCCACUGGAGUUGGAAACGCCCGUCUCGCCGGACUCGAACAGCCCCAUAACAAUCACAGCCGAACGUCGCGCGAGCGCCUCUCCGUUUCCAAGCCCAGGCUCUUCCUUCCUGCCACCACCUAUACCCGGCGCGCACGAGUUUGCGAUCAAAGUCCCGGCCAAGGCGAAACGAAUGUCUGCGACAAAGGGUACUACGACGGAGCACAAGCCGCAGGAUGGCUCUACGCCGAAUGGGGAGAUGAAGAAGGCGUCAAUACAACCAUCGUCUACUCCAUCAAAGCCGAAUACAGCCGAGCCGCCAUCCAAGCCGAACGGUGUUCUUGAGAUACCCGACGCACCCGUGUCCGAAGAGAAGACGAGCGCAUCAAGCAUCACGCCGACGAAUACAUUAUCAAAAGCCAGUACCGCCGGCAAGGACCAGGGUGACGACCUUGCGUUGAAGCCCAACGGCAUCAUCACCAUCCCGUCCGACCUCAACGCGCCCUCGCCACCCAUAACACCCAAACCGCAAUCCUCGACAUUCAUAAACGCGCCUUCGCCGCUAAAGGCGACUGAGAGUCCCACGACGCCGACUGAUGCCCGUGUGCCAUCAUCAGCGCCCGUCAUCACUUCCCCGCCUCCACCCGCCACACCCAGUUCGGCACACAGCUUGUCAAGUUCGCGCCCCGCGCCACCCAGUCCAGCCGCAUCGCGCCGCACUUCUCGUGCCCUCUCACACCGCUCUGGCUCCUCCCGACCUGCUUCGGCGGUCUUCGGCGGUUCCUCCCGACGGGUCUCCCCGAAGGACAAGGAGAAAGAGAAGGAGAAGAAGAAGUCGAUCUUGGUAAAGAUACGCGACUUUGCGUUUGCUGUUGGCGACCCAAGGCAUACAAGCAAUGGUCCUGAUACUCCCCGCCCGACGCGCAGGCUACAGCGUCCUAUGAGCACAUGGAGCACGAGCAGCGCGGGUAGCAGCGAGGGAGGCGACGAAGACAGUGCCGGUGGUCCGGGCAAUGGCUGGAGCAUGCCAUGGGGUCUUCGUCGCAUACCGUGGUUCAGCGGUGGAGGCGGUAAGGGCGAAGGUGGCGCAGGGCCCAGUGCAGGCGAUCUAGCGCGGAACUUCGAGGUUGGAAGUCCGACAGAGGAAGAGGGCGGGUCGUUUGAGCGCUGGGGAGCGCAGAACGCCGGCGACGAGCUCAGUGAUGAGGAUCCGUCUGCCAGCGAGGACGGCGGCGAGGGCGAAGAAGGCGAGCUGGCACCAGGCGUGUAUCGCGCUUUAUAUGCCUUCGAUCCCGAAGGCACUGCUGAGAUGGCGCUGGAGGAGGAUCAGCUCGUACGCAUCGUCGGACGCGGCGGCGGUGUAGGCUGGGCCGUUGCACUUCGCGAGGACGGCGAGCAUGCGCUCGUACCUGAAGGAUACCUCGAGUUCGUCCGCGCGGAUGAGUGA